CUCCUGCGCGCGCGCGCGCUUGCAAUUCACACCAUCGAUCCGUCUCCGUCUCCCCGUCCGAUCACCUGCACACAGCCGCGCGGCCAGCUACCUUUUCGCCGGCCGGCCUAGCUCGUCGGUAUCCCGGCCCUGCGCUCUCGUACGUGCCAGAUCUGAGGUCAAAGGAAGAAGGCGGCAUGCAGGGAGUGGCGGGGGCGACCGCGGCCGACAGCCCUGGCGGCGGACCGGAGGCGGCGCCACGGCCGAGCCGGUACGAGUCGCAGAAGCGGCGGGACUGGCACACCUUUGGCCAGUACCUGCGCAACCACCGCCCGCCGCUGGAGCUCGGGCGGUGCAGCGGCGCGCACGUGCUGGAGUUCCUCCGCUACCUCGACCAGUUCGGCAAGACCAAGGUCCACGCCAACGGCUGCCCCUUCUUCGGCCACCCGUCGCCGCCGGCGCCGUGCCCGUGCCCGCUCCGCCAGGCCUGGGGCAGCCUCGACGCGCUCGUCGGCCGCCUCCGCGCCGCCUUCGAGGAGCACGGCGGCAGGCCCGAGGCCAACCCGUUCGGCGCGCGCGCCGUGCGGCUCUACCUCCGCGAGGUCCGCGACUCCCAGGCCAAGGCCCGCGGCAUCGCCUACGAGAAGAAGCGCCGGAAGCGUCCGCCGCAGUCGUCGGCGUCGCAGAAGGCCGCAAAGGCUGCGCCUUCCCCACCACCACCCGCCUCCAUCUCCAUGCAUGCAGCGCCCGCCGCGCAGGAGAGAGCGCCGGAGGUCAUCGUCGCGCGUGCAGUGCCGGCGCAGGGGCACUACUUCAUCCCGCACCCGCAGCACUUCAUGCACGGCCAUUUCUUCAUGCCAGGCGUCGGCGGCCACGAGGACACUGCGGCGGCGAGCAGCUCCAGCGGCAACAGCAACGGCAACAGCAAUGGCCACAGCGCCGGCGCAGGCGCCGGCGACGAGAUAGCCAUGGCGAUGGCGGCAGCGGCGGCGGAGGCGCACGCGGCGGGGUGCAUGCUGCCGCUCUCCGUCUUCAACUAGCUAGCUAAGCCGAUCCAUCAAGCAAGGUAGGGCUUGAUUAAUUAAUUAAUUCCAAGGUUUAUAUGUCUAGCCGUAAUCUUGAUCAGUGGAAACCAUGGAUGGAUGCCAUUGAUCGACCGAUCGAUCAACACGCGCUUGUGUAUGUACUGUUGUUCUUACGACACUGUUCAUCUUUUGGCUACAUUUCCUGCUGGGAAUUAGUGCUACUUCCCCCUUUCUACUGUAGGGUUUCUAGUACCGUUCUUGCUUGGUUGAUUUAUGUAUGCAAUGGUGAAGAUAUAAAAUCAAUCCAGUGAUCCUUUGAAA